AUGGCGCUCCAAGCCGCACGGACCGUGCGGGCCGCGGCCUGCAGCCUGCGCGCCGCGUGGGCGCCCGCUACGCCCUGCCCGCCGCGGCCCUGGGGCCUGAGGGUGGGCGCCAUCCGGAUGCUGCGCACCGGUCCCAGUCUGCUGUUGGUGCGUAAAUUCACAGAGAAACAUGAAUGGAUAACAACAGAAAAUGGUAUUGGAACAGUGGGAAUCAGCAAUUUUGCACAGGAAGCAUUGGGAGAUGUUGUUUACUGUAGUCUGCCUGAAAUUGGGACAAAAUUGAACAAGCAAGAUGAGUUUGGUGCUUUGGAAAGUGUGAAAGCUGCUAGUGAACUCUAUUCUCCUCUGUCAGGUGAAGUAACUGAAAUUAAUACAGCUCUUGUAGAAAAUCCAGGACUUGUCAACAAAUCUUGUUAUGAAGACGGUUGGCUGAUCAAGAUGACACUGAGUAACCCUUCAGAACUAGAUGAACUAAUGAGUGAAGAAGCAUAUGAGAAAUACAUAAAAUCUAUUGAGGAGUGA